CCAAUCAACUCAAUGCCGGUCUCGUUGACGAGGUUGCAGCUCAACCCAAGUCUUCUCUUCCAUUUCUACAAAGCAAAGGUGCAAGUCGGACGAGCGGGACAGUACUUUCCUUCGAGAUUGUCCUCCAUCCUUUAAACACACACCAUCCUGUUUUCAGAGCUACCCGCUCGACAAAGCCCAUCAACUACCUACAUUUACCCACCUUGUAUUGUGCAACCUUCACUCCUGAUUGUUGUUGUGAGCUCAACCUUGCCGAAAACCCCCAAAAAAAUUCCCUUCUCAUAAACCACAAUCAUGGCUACAACCAUGUCUACAACCAUGUCGACGAGCCCCGUGCCGCACUCCCCUCCCGGCCACGAUGCCAAACGGCCCAAAGGCAUCCUCAAGAACUCCUUCCGGGGAACACCACCCGUGUCUCCCACAGCCCAGCAACCCAGUGCCGCACCAGAUGCGCAAUUGGAGCAGUCCACUCCGCAGAGCCCCCGCCUGACGGACAAGGAGGUGACGAUCCAGAAUACGCAGCGUAAUGCCGGCCACCGGCGCUCUUCGUCGGCGGCGCGCCCUGCCGGUUCGAGGCGGCAGUCGAGCCGCACCCCUUCGCACUCGGGCGAGGCUGACGGGGAGGAGGAGGAGGCCGCCAGGCAGCGGCUCAAGUGGGAUGAGGCAAAUCUGUACCUGACGGAGCAGGAGCGCAGCAGCACCAUGAAGAUCGACGAGCCCAAGACGCCCUACGCUAAGCAUUACGACCCGGCGGAGGAUCCCAGCGACGACGAAAUGGAGAACGGCGAUGGCAGCGGUGGUAGUGGUCGUCGUGCCGGCAGCGGCACCGGCCAGGACGACAUACCGGGCCUGUCGCUCGGCGAGCCCGAGGAGGCGGUGCCGGACGACAGCGGCAGGACGCGUGCGGUACACGUCGACGAGGUCCAGGGCAGCGGUCACGAUAACGACGAGGACGGCAUGGCUGGGCUGAGCGCAGAGGAGCGCGAGAAGCACCGCAAAUUUGAGGAGAUGCGCAAGAAGCACUACGAGAUGAGGGACGCCGCCCAGCUGCUGGGACACCCGGAGGACCUGGACGAUAUGGACGAGGACGAGGACGACAGUGUGCCCGCCGUACCACCCAUGCCUAAUGGUCGUGCGUGAGGGCUUGGGAUUGCAUGUGGGUGAUGGGUUGUCGACUAUGUCUGUUGACAGAUUUCGAUUUUUCGACUUUUUGACGCCUCCUUUUGCUCUUUGGGACGGACCUAAAUGAUUACCGGAACCAACAAUCCGAACACGAAUUAAAUGUUACGAUUGCGAAGUGUUUUGAUUUUUUCUUUACUGGUGCAUGGUAUGGGAGAUAACGGUCCUGUCUCGUUAUCUGGUGCUUUUCAGGGGUAAGCAAAUAUGGAACGGAGUAUCACGGGUGUUCACAUGGGAGUAUUGAUAUGAUUUUCUGAGUUCAUCAAGGCCGGGAGGGGUAAUUGCAUCAUUAGGGUUCGCAAGGUUUCGCGAGAACACGCAUAGGUCUAGCCAAGACUGUUGGUUUAUGCAGCUACUGCCAUGCAAGGUAAUCGUCAACGACCCCAACAUGUUCUACUCCGUAGUUCAACAGAAAACAUGUCUCGGUUUCUCGUUUAGAGAAGACCCUUCCUCGCCAGCUCCACCUUCCUGGCCGCCUCGCCCGCCUUGAAACCUCCGCGCGACACACAUAUCCUCUGACCUUCAGCAAGCUCAAACUUGUCUUCGUGAUCCGGGAAGGGACAUGGGCAGUGGUGAGGGAAAUGGACACAAGCUGGUGAUUUGUGACAUGUGUUGUUAGCAUCCCACGCAACUUCAUAAAAAUAUACCCUCAAAGACAACGCAUGUCCGCAUCAGGAUGCACGGGAUAUGCGACGCUGAGAUGGAUGCACGUAGGGGCCAUCGCGACACAUAGAUGAGACGGGAAAACGCACCAAGAGUGUCGGGGCAGAGAUAGUUGCUGCAUACGGCAGCGUCCACAUUGCUGCGGUACCAGGCAGAGUCGCUGGGGACGUUUUGCUCUUGUCGUUGUUGUUGCCCGCCGCCGCCGCCACCACCACCGCCAAACAUCUGGUCGAAGAAGCCGCCGAAUUGGGCGCUCACCGUGCCCAUGAGCGCUAGCAAGAGCAGCUGGAGGAGCACCGGAGACUGCAUUUUUGGCGCGUCGGUGAAAAUGCUAGCGCUUGAACUCCGUAAAAAGAAUGCAAGCCGUAGUGUGUGUAACCCUCGAAUAAAUGUAACAAAAACCCAAGAUUAGCAGAUGGGCUGGUCAAAAAAAAAUUGACAUAGAACGAAGUAGCUACGUAUUGGAGUCCAUUGACCUGGGGAUCGAAUCCUUGCUGUAAGUGGGAUUCAAGGGUGCUUCGUGGCAUGU